AUGCAGCACAGGUCUCCGAUCUCUUAUCUCCCGUCUCCCCCGUCUCCUCCGUCUCCCCUGUCUCCCCCGUCUUCCCCGUUGUCCCCGUCUCGCCCGUCUCCCCCGUCUCCCCCGUCUCCCCCGUCGCCCCCGUCUCCCCCGUCUCCCCCGUCGCCCCCGUCUCCCCCGUCUCCCCCCUGUACUUCCUCUCCGCCCACGCGCCCUUCCCCCCUUCCCCCAAUGCCCCUCGGCCUCUCCCCCUACCGCGCGGCGCUGCUGCAGAGGCUGCUGCAGCGGGCGCGCGCCUACGUGCGCCACGACCUGCGCGAAAUCGUCUGGCCCUCCUCACUGCCCGACCCGCCCUCCUCCCUCCCGCCCCCGCGCCGCCUCACCUUGCACGAGCACCGCCAGAUACUGGCAGCAGCAUGGGAAGCGUAUGCGGAGAGCUGGAGGGCGGAGUUCAACCGCGGCAAAGCAGCCCCGCGACCAGAGGAGGGGGAUGGGGAGGCGCACGUGGGGGUGGAGGAGAUUGGGGAGGAGGAGAGGCGGAGGAGGGAGGCGGGAGGAGGUGAUUCGGGACCAAUCCCCACCCCACCCGCUCUUCCCUCCUGCCCGUCAGGCGGAGCGGGCAAGGCGGGGGCGAGGGCUCUCCUGCCAUGGCUGCAGCAGCGGUACGUGGAGCGAGUGGCAGCCUAUGCUGACUCCCUCAAGCAGUUUGUGCUCGGCUACCGUGAGGGCUUUGCCCAAGCCUCCUCCUCCUCCUCCGCCGCCGCCUCAGACUCCUCCUCUGCCUCAUCCUCCCCUUCCUCCUCCUCCACCUUCACUCCCCUGUCUCCUGAUGCUCCUCCGGAGCAGCCCGCUCAGGAUACCCUUUCUGCUGCCGCCGCCGCCGCCGCUGCUGCUGCUGCCAACCCUGCUUCUCACCCUGCCACCGCCACCCUUUGCCCUCCAACUGCCCCUCCACCUCCUGCAUCUUAUGCCUCUGCUUCUGCUGCUCCAUCUGUAAUCAUGCCACCAUCCACCACAAGUGACACUGCUGCCCAUUCAGAGCAUGUUGCUGCAGCUGCUGUUCCUCAUUCGCUCUCUUACGAACCACCUGAGGCCGCACCACCUGAGGAGGCACCUGGGGAGAAGGCUGCUGAGGAACUUGGGAAAGGGACAAGAAGCAACUUGUGA